GUUCAAUUGGAUUAGGUCGUUUGUGAACUACACAUCACUGAUUACGAGUCGUAAUCAUAUCCACGAUAUUACCGGAACGGACAGGAAAAGCAUUCAUCCAAUAUGCCCAAGAAAAAGACUGGUCAGAGGAAAAAGGCCGAAAAGCAAAAACUACGACUCAAAGAGAUUCGUAGCCGCGAAGUGCCCUUAGCUGAUUUCCCCUGCAAUGCUCCCAUGGAAUGUGACAAAUGCGAACGCAAGCAAAAGUCUCGAGCAUUUUGUUACUUUUGUCAAAGUAUGCAACGUCUACCGAUUUGUGCUCAAUGUGGCAAAGUCAAGUGCAUGCUGAAGACCGGUGACUGUGUAAUCAAACAUGCCGGUGUGUACACCACCGGAAUGGGUAUGGUCGGAGCCAUAUGUGAUUUUUGUGAAGCUUGGGUGUGUCAUGGUCGAAAAUGUCUGCAGACACACGCCUGCAGUUGUCCGCUGCAAAAUGCCGUUUGCUUGGAGUGCGAGAGAGGUGUAUGGGAUCAUGGUGGUCGCAUCUUUAAAUGCUCCUAUUGCAAUGGUUUUCUCUGCGAAGAUGACCAAUUUGAACAUCAAGCCUCCUGUCAGGUUUUGGAAAGUGAGAACUUUAAGUGUCAAUCGUGCAAUCGACUGGGUCAAUACUCUUGCCUGCGUUGCAAGACAUGCUACUGUGAGGAUCAUGUCCGACGCAAGGGCUUUAAGUACGAGAAGAACAAGGCCAUACCAUGUCCAAAGUGCAAUUAUGAGACAUCGGUUACCAAGGAUUUGAGUAUGUCAACGCGAUCCCAUAAAUAUGGUCGUCAACAACAAGGCGGUGCUGUGGAUAGUGAUGAUGAGUAUGGUGGUGGUGGUUAUGGCGGCUAUUAUGGUGGUUAUUCAGGCGCCGGAGCCGGUACAUCUAGUUAUGGUGCCGGAGAUUAUGACGAUGAUGAUGACGAGGAAGAUGACGACGAUGAUGAUGAUUACGAAGACGAUGACUCGGAUGAGGAAUCGGAGGAAGAAAACGAAACAGAUGGUAGUGAAGAAGACAAAAAGGAUGAUAAAGUCAAAUCAAAAUAGGGUUUAUGUUCAUAUUUUGUAAUUUACCACUUGUCAUAGAUGAAAAAAUAUAUUCGAUUUUGAACCUGGCAGUAAUGGGUUUUGUAUAUGAGCAAAACAACUACUGGCAAAAAUAAAAAAAUGUAUUUUUAAUUCAAAAAUACAUGUACAACGUUCAGAAUUAUAAGUAGAGGUCUGAGUUAAAGGCCCGUCAAUGUUAUAUAUUA